AUGGAGAGUCCUUGUCGAUGUGAGCACGGGGAUCCGUGUGUCUCAAGUGGGAUAGGUGAGGUGACCAGCUUUGGGCCUCUGGAUUCCAAUGAGAUCCAACUCAGAAGUCAGGGGUGUCAGGUCCUAAUAGCUUCCCACGGCAGAUCAGAUGAUCAAGUCGGCAGAAAAGUCUUUGAAGAAUUUAUGGUAUUGAAAGAUGGCAGAUGCAGUUGUGAUUUGAAACUGAAUGCUCAGAAAAACUGCCAUCAGAGAUUACUGAGGGCAUUAAAUGCUGUCAAAUUCCACCAGGCUGCCACGGACAAAUUCCUUUGCAUAAUGUGUUGCAGUUCCAUCAGCUGUGAAAAGAAUGGUGACCAUGAUGAUUGUGAAUUAGAAACAAGCAAUGGAUUAUCAAUUCUUUUGAGGGAAUUUGAGACUGAUACCAAUCCCAGCAUGGCUGCCUCAUUAUAUACUAUUAAACAAAAUGAUGGAAAAAAUCUGAGCAGCCUUAAGGUCAUUCUCCCCUUGCAUUGGAAAGCAUUAAUGAAGGCCUUUAUGGACCACCUCUUUACUAAUGUUCACAAUUUUGAGUUUGAAGAUUUACAGAUGACUUCGAAGGAGAGCUUCUUGAAACAAUCCCCGGAAGUAAAUGUGAUUACAGCUCAAAAACUAGAAGAAAUCCAGAAUGAGACAGAAACGUAUUUGAACAGUUUGCCAGCACUGAAGGGAGAAUUAACUAUUAUCACAUCUGCUUUGAUCCCAGAUAUUUUCACACAUGGAAUUACAACAAGAACAGGUGGCACAUCUUACGUACCAACCCUUAGCUCAUUCAAUCUCUUCAGUAGUGCCAAAAGGAGAGAUCCCAAGGCAGUUGUUCAAGAAACUCUAUAUAGAUUGGCAAAUACUAUGGGAUUUAAUAUGAAGAAAUUUUACUGGAUAAGGACUGAUCAUGGUAGUGAUGUCUGGAUUAUGGGAAGAAAGAAACCUUCAUCUUUUGACGGAAUAACUACAAAUCAGAGAGGAGUCACAACAGCAGCCCUUGCUGCUGACUGUAUCCCUAUAGUUUUUGCAGAUCCUGUCAAAAAAGCAUGUGGAGUUGAUCACGCUGGUUGGAAGGGUACUUUGUUAGGUGUUGCAAUGGCCCUGGUACAUACUAUGAUAACAGAGUAUGGCUGUCAUUUGGAAGAUAUUAUUGCUGUGCUGGAACUUUCGGUAGGACCUUGCUAUUUUACUCUUCCAAGGGAAUCAGCAAAUGAAUUUCACAAUCUUCAUCCUGCAUGUGUAAGACUGCUUGACUCACAUUUCAUAGACUGA